UAAGGGAUAUUCUAAUCAACCUCUGCAAACUAGCUGUUAUUAUGUUGACAAUUGUCUGAUAAUUGAAGUGUCAAAAAAAGCAUUGUGAUUAAGGGACACCCUUUUAUGAUAUUUCUUUGUCUAUGUUCACAAAUAUGUCCACAGCCACCUACUGAAUUAAAAACCCAGGUUCAUUCUGUUUUGCAGCAGGGACAAACAUAUCUGUGUGUUAAAAUCAAACCCUUAAGUGUAGCAUACAUUUUAAAGAAGGUAAGACUUAUGAAGCUACGUUGUCUCAGUCUGAAGCCAACAUUAACAAAGUGCUUGAUGUCUCAAUUUGAAAGAGUCCGCUGCGGGCUGAGUCCGAUGUCCAGUGAGGGUUAAGAUGACUGACUGCCUGACCUGUUUGGCGUGGGCUUGCCUCUUACAAUGUGUGUGUGAGACGUUUGCCCUUUGACCAUUGGUUGACAUAACCGGAAGCCAUGACGACAGCCUCCUUUUCCAAUAGACCAGGGUGAUGGAUGAUGAGGAAUCCAGUUGGUUUUACUGUUGCCACACAUGUUGCAGAGGAGCCGAGCCAACACCUGUUUCAGCCAUUCAUUUGGCUGCCAGUACUCUGUAGUAAAACAAAGAGUUUUUGGUAGCAGUUACAACAGCUGGAAUCGCUCUGGCAGGGAAAAGUAUGGCCCACCUGUCCGCACUGAACACCGCCUUAUUGUGGAGAACUUGUCCACUAGGUGCAGCUGGCAGGAUCUAAAGGAUUUUAUGAGGCAAGCAGGUGAGGUCACCUAUGCUGAUGCUCAUAAAGGACGGGCCAAUGAGGGGGUCAUUGAAUUCCGAUCCAAGGCCGACCUGAAACGAGCUGUGGAAAAGCUGGAUGGAACGGAUAUCAAUGGGAGGAAGAUUCGUCUGGUGGAGGACAAACCACGGCGCCGGCGUUCUUAUUCUGGAAGCCGAUCCAGGUCUCAUAGCAGGCAAAGAUCUCACAGUCGACGAAGCAGAAGCUAUCGCAGUCGUUCCAGGUCUCGCUCACAAUCUCGAUCUCGCAGCAAACUCCAGUCCCACUCCAAGUCAGGACGAAGGUCACGUUCUACAUCAAAGAGAAAGUCCAAAUCCAACAAGAAGUUUAGUGUUAGCAAGUCUCACAGCACUUCCAAGAGCAAAAAAUCUCGGUCUCGCUCAGACACUCACAAAUCCCGCUCCAAGAGCUCAUCAAAGGUCAAGACAAAGCAGCAAUCCCGAAGUGACUCCCAGGAGAAGGCGUCCAGUAAGAGGUCUCGUAGCCGAUCUAGAUCCCGGUCUGAGAGCAGAAAUGAAAAGCGUGCCUCAAAAUCUCCAGACCAUAGAUAUUCAAAGUCUCCAGUCAAGACCUCUGCAUCCAGAUCCCGGUCUCGCUCUCGAUCCAGAUCAUCCUCACAAGAUUGACAGUUUUUGUCAAAAUGAGAAUGGUUUAAAUCAGAUCUGUGAUUAUAUCUGAAAACAAAUGUCCUGUUUACAACUGACUGGGAGAUUCUGCUAUCUAUACUUUUAUGGAUGGUCAGUUAACUGUUAUUUUUUGUGGGUGAAUUAUCAAAAAAUGUUCAUUUGAUAGUACUGAUGCAUUUAAAGCUCUGGGAAUAUGUUUGUUUUUUUGAAAAUCCAGAUGUUUCAAUCCAGAAGCCACGGGUGAAAGCAACUCCAGUCUUUGAUUUUAAAAAAAAUCUCAGUGUAAAGCAUUUAAGUACAGCAUUAGCUACUACAUUUUAAAAAUAAUCCAUAUUCCUCCUUUUGAAACCAUCUCUAUCACAGAUUUAUAUGUGUCAUCUUAUUGUAAUAAAAUAACACUAACUCUUAA